AUGCCUGGUUCAUGUCUGGCUGCCGCUUCGCUCACCAAAGCUCUAAACCUGUCCUUCUCAAGUCAAGACACCAAAAGUCUCAAGGAUGCCAAGGAAGACUGUAGACUGGGAGAUAAUUGCACAGAAAAGGGAGCGCGUCAGUCUAUCAAGGAUGAUACGCGCGAAGAAGAGGAGCGGUUGAACCCGAGAUUACAGAAGCAGCGCGGAGUACUGCAGCGUACUACUGAUAAAACUUGGGGUAUUGGGAGGAGCACAAGUGGUUUGGCGAAGGUCGAUAUCAUACCAAGAGAUGUCUUGACCGGCCAGAACACGGGCGGAAUGGAGGGCGCUGAACGUACAAAUGAAGGAGAAUCCAGCUCUUACGGGAGGCAACUUACUGGCUUGGGAAAAAAGAAACAAGAGAUCUUUUUCUGGACGGACAGAGGAUGGGGCCGCUUGCUUCGGAAGCCGGCUAUGGUGUCGCAAACGCUUUUGGAAGGAGAGGCUCUGGAGAAGAUGAAGAAGGAAUACGCUGUGGAAGACAACUGA